AUGACCGGACGAGCAAGAGCAAGAUCCAGGGGUAGAGCAAGAGGACAAGAGGCUGUAGCCCCUGGCUCGUCCUCAUCAGCAGAGGCAGAGAGGAUCGUUCAGCCUCCGUCGGAGGGGGAACAUGUAGGUCGGGGUCGCCAGCGAACUGCCCCAGGACCUGCUGUGAGCGAAGGUAAUCGGCACUCGGUGUACCAGAUCUCGGCCGGGUUCCAGCAGGUGAAGAUCGGAGAGAGGGGGGGGCGGAGGCGAGACUUCCACGACGCCGGAAUCAACACUCGCCAGCUGAUCGAGCACGUCAAAGAGUCCAAGACAGGGACGUCUGGCUCCCCCAUCGAGCUGAGGGCCAACUUCAUGCGCCUGCUGUCUCGGCCGCAGUGGGCCCUGUUUCAGUACCACGUGGACUUCAACCCGCCCAUGGAGUCACGCCGCCUAAGAUCCGCUCUGCUCUUCCAGCAUUCCGAGACGCUGGGCUCGGCACACACCUUCGACGGAGCCAUCCUCUUCCUCCCUAACAGACUCCAGAAUAACGAGACAGUACUGUGCAGUGAAACCAAACACGGAGAGAAAGUUCAAGUCACAGUCACGUUGACCAAUGAGCUUCCACCCACUUCCCCAGUGUGUCUGCACUUCUAUAACAUCAUCUUCAGAAGAGUCCUGCGGAUGCUGAACAUGCAACAGAUUGGCCGUCAUUACUACAAUCCCGACGAUCCACUCAACAUCCCCCAGCACAGGUUGACUAUCUGGCCUGGGUUCAUCACUAACAUUCUCCAGUAUGAGUCUAGUAUAAUGCUGUGUACAGACGUGAGCCAUAAGGUUCUGCGCAGUGAGACGGUUCUGGACUUCAUGACCAGUCUGAGGCACCAGUGUGGAGACCAGCGCUUCCCUGAAGUCUGUACCAAGGAACUGGUGGGACUUAUCGUCCUCACCAAGUAUAAUAAUAAGACAUACAGAAUUGACGACAUAGCCUGGGACCAGACGCCCAAGAACACCUUCACCAGGAGAGAUACUGAGAUCUCCUUCAAGACCUACUACAAGACGCAAUAUAACCUGGACAUCAGAGAUGAGAACCAGGUCCUGCUGAUCAGCCGUGUGAAGAAACUGGGCCCUGCUGGUGCCCCUCCCCCAGGCCCCGCCCUGCUCAUCCCUGAGCUCUGUUACCUCACAGGUCUGACUGAUAAGAUGCGCAGUGACUUUAACAUCAUGAAGGACUUGGCCUCCCACACCAGACUGACUCCAGAACAGCGGGAGAACAGACUAAGCCGAUUCGUCUCCAACAUUCACACGAAUGAAGCUGUCCAGGCUGAGCUGAAUACCUGGGGAAUCAGUUUUGAGAACAAACUCCUGAGACUGACAGGACGAGUGUUACCCGCGGAGAGGAUUGUACAGGCAGGCAGAACGUAUGAGUAUAACCCCUGGGCGGCCGACUGGUCCAAAGAGAUGAGAAACGUCCCUCUGAUAAGUGCUAUGCCUCUGGAGAAAUGGAUGAUGUUCUACACGCGCAGGAACAACGACGUGGCUCAGUCUUUGCUCCAAACCCUUAACAAAGUGGCUGGGCCCAUGGGCAUCCGCAUGCAAAGAGCCGUCACGAUCGAGUAUGAGGAUCGACAGGAGUCUCUCCUCAGGGCUCUCCAGCAGAACGUGCGGCCAGGGACUCAAAUGGUGGUCGUGAUCCUGCCGACCAACCGUAAGGACAAGUACGACUGUGUGAAGAAGUACCUCUGCCUGGACUGCCCGACUCCCAGUCAGUGCGUGGUCUCUCGAACCCUCAGCCGACCCCAGGCCCUCAUGACCGUGGCCACUAAGAUCGCCCUGCAGAUGAACUGCAAGAUGGGCGGGGAGCUGUGGAGCGUAGACAUUCCGCUCAAGCAGCUCAUGAUCGUGGGAAUCGACUGUUACCACGACACCACCGCCGGGAAGAGAUCAAUCGGUGCCCUGGUUUCCAGCCUUAAUCAGAGCAUGUCCAGGUGGUUCUCCAGGUGCGUUCUGCAGGACCGCGGUCAGGAAGUCAUCGACGGCCUGAAACUGGCCUUGCAAGAUGCCCUGAAGGCCUACCUCAAGCACAACCGGUGUUUCCCCUCCCGCAUCAUCGUGUACAGGGACGGGGUCGGAGACGGCAUGCUUCAGAGCGUGGUCAAUUACGAAGUGCCUCAGAUCCUGCAGUCCAUCAAAGCCAUGGGCACAGACUACGACCCCAAACUCUCAGUGCUCGUCGUGAAGAAGCGCAUGUGCUCCAGGUUCUUCGCUUACAUCGACGGCAAGCUGACCAACCCUCCGCCUGGGACCGUCAUCGACACAGAAGUCACCCGACCUGAAUGGUAUGACUUCUACAUAAUCAGUCAGGCAGUGAGACUGGGCAGCGUGUCACCCACCCACUACAACGUGGUGUUUGACAGCAGUGGCCUGAAACCAGACCACAUGCAGAGACUCACGCACAAACUCUGCCAUUUGUACUACAACUGGCAGGGGAUGGUCCGUGUGCCAGCGCCCUGCCAGUACGCCCACAAACUGGCGUUUUUGGUCGGCCAGAGCAUCCACAAGGAGCCCAACGUGAAUCUGGACGAGUUCCUGUACUACCUGUAG